UGAUGUCAUCAGAUAAUGCGUAGCAGGCGAAAAUGACGACCCCUCAGACUGCGACUGCACGAAUUAGUUCAAAGAAACAAACCCUUGAGGAUGCUUAUUCUCCUCCAGCAAACUUUUUAGAAAUCGAUGUUUGUACUCCUCAAACCCACGGAAUAGGCAAAAAGCGGUAUACCGACUAUGAAAUGCGUUUACGGACAAAUCUACCAGUAUUUAAGUUAAAAGAAUCCAGUGUUCGGCGUCGGUACAGUGAUUUUGAGUGGUUGAGAAAUGAGCUGGAGCGUGAUAGUAAGAUUGUGGUUCCUCCUCUACCAGGCAAGGCUCUAAAGAGGCAGCUACCUUUCCUCGGGGAUGAUGGCAUAUUUGAGGAGGACUUCAUUGAAGAAAGACGGAAAGGACUUGAGAUAUUUGUCAACAAAGUGGCCGGGCACCCGCUAGCUCAGAAUGAGAAGUGCCUACACAUGUUUCUUCAAGAGCCAGUCAUAGAUAAAAACUAUAUCCCAGGCAAGAUCCGACCAACAUAGAGUCUGAUGGCUCCUGCAUAUUUGGUGUGUCACAUCCAUCAGACUUUGCACGACUUAACAGUAUGCGUCAGAAGCGAAGACAACAUCAGGAUUGUUGAGGGCGCGUGUUUCUGAUUUACAAAUGUCAAGACCAAAUCAUUACGGAAUAGUUCAUCUUUCCUAUCAUUUGCUUGGUCAAAAAAAAAAUAGCUUUCAAUAUUUGUCAACAUGGAUUUGAUGGAAAUGUACUCCAGUUAGUGAUGUGUCUUGGCAUUAUUGUUUUUAAUAAAAUUAAUGGAGAGUAAUGCGGUUGUAUGACUUGAAAGUCUAUGAAAUGAAAGGUGUGACUGAUUUGAAUAUUUUUGUACAUCAAAGGUAUGCCUCCCCUUUAAGAAAUCUUGUUAAGUACUUCAUAGCAGAGAUGAAUGUGAACUUUGUUAAUCACACUGACAAACACGAUUUAUUUAUUAAGAAAUGGCAAGUCAUUAUUGUUUUUGUGUUGGUUAUCAAUGGUUAUGAUAGAAAAUGUAAACAUAUUUCCUUUGGCUGUACCGCAGGUGAAACAACACAAGUAAGGCUCUGUCAAAACGGGUUUCUGGAUAGCUAUUUUUUUUUAAUCUGAACUGUGGAUUAAGAUUGUAAAAAUGAGGACUUUAUAUAAUUUCUCUAGUAUUGUUUUGGACAUCAAAUCCAGAUUAAGUGCUCAAACGGGAUGAAAUUGUUGUAUGUAGUAUGUUCAUGGUACUCAGAAUUUCAUGAAUUAAAGGUCAUUUCACUGUCAGAAGUUGUAAGUAAACACCAUUUUAUUGCAAUAUACAGACUUCCUGUUAAACAUUCAACAUUUCAUUGGUGGUGUUUAUUGUCUUUAUACCAUUCAUAUGGAGUAGGUGUAGUUUUUGUUUUGCCUUCUAUUUCAUGACAUUGUUAGAAAAUAUAAACUUACAAGUUAAACAAUUGGUUGUGACAAGAAUGUCCAAAGAGACACCAGUCUAACAUGCAUUAUAGAUUCUUUAGAAGGGAAAAUCUUAUCGUAAAAAAUUAAGAAUUCAAAACAUAUUUUGCAAACCUGUGAGGUUGUUAUGCAUGUAUAUGUUAUAAAGGGAGGUCGGGUGGCCUAGUGGUUAAGGUGCUCAAUUGUCACACCAAACAGUGGGGUUUGAGUCCCCACAUGGGUACAAUGUGUGAAGCCUAUUUCUGGUGUCCCCACCGUGAUAUUGAUGGAAUAUUGCUAUUAGUGGCGUCAAACUAAAAGUAAUCAUGUUUUAAAAGAAUAUUACCAAUUUCAUAUAAAGAAAUCAUUUGAUUUUUUUUAUGGAUUGAAAUAUAUUAACUAUGGAUAUGUUAAUGUAGUGUAGACUCAAUUCUAAUGUGAGAAUUUAUAGUUGUACUAAAAUCCCAGCUUUAUUGUAUUAUACCUUUCUCUGCAGCUUUAUUAACUUUGUACAUAUGACGGAAAGCCAUGAGAGAGGUUACUUAUCUGUACAAACUGAGAUACUAGAAUCAGUUUGAGAUGUGAACUGAGAGUCAGAAUUAUUGAAAUAAUCUUUGAAGGUUGAAAAUUUAGUAGCACAGCUUUCUUCAUAUUUGUUGUCACUGGUUAAUCAGAAAGUCUCAUCAGAUGAGUGUCUGUAAUCUCUGAUUUCAUUAAUCACAUCAGUACAAGCCUUUAAUGUAUUUUUGUUUUGAAUUUAGAAGCAGCCAUCAAAGUUAAUUAAGCUAGUUUCUGUAUGUAUAUUGGAACAAAAUGAAAGCUGCAUACACUUUGGAACUGUUUUUGUAACCUUUUUCUUAGCGUAGAUAACUGAAGCUGAAAUUUGUCAAUGGUUUGAUAUCAUGUCAGAACAUAAAAUAAUCAUGUUGGUGGGUGUAAAGAAGUACCAACAUUGUUGAAGUGCCACCUUAGACUGAACUUAAGCAAGCAUUUGGUGAUAUGUAUUACUUAAAAUUAAACACAUUAUCGUCUCAGGGGACAACCCUGUAUGAGAUUACCAUAUGUAUACUAUGCUAAAACCAUUUUCCUUCUGUUCGGAAUGGGGGCGGUGGGGUAGCCUAGUGGUUAAAGCCUUUGCUCGUCACGCCAAAGACCCGGGUUCGAUUCCCCACAUGGGUAGAACAUGUGAAGCCCAUUUCUAGUGUCCCCGCACCAUGAUAUUGCUGGAAUAUUGCUAAGAGCGGCGUAAAACCAAACUCACUCACUCACUGUUGUGAAUGCUUUCCAGGAUUUCUCCCAGAGGGUAUUAAUGACCUAUGUUACUCAACUUUCAUAUAAAAGAAGAUAUACUUGAUAUACACCCGAUUGGCUUAGUUACCAGUAAUCAAAAGGUUAACCAUUUGGGCGAGUUUGAGAUUGCACUCCUUUCAUAUGUAUUGGACAAAUGUAGAUAUAUGUGUAAUGUAUGCUGGUAACCAUGGAUACCAACCCAGUUAACAUCUUGAUGGUGAUUGGUUGAUGUACAUAACUUUGAUAGGCUACCAGCAACUUUAUGUAAUUGUAAACUGUAUAUGUAUUCAUUGUUUUACCCUAACAUGGCUUUGUCUCAUCACUAUCAAAUUUCAUUUGAUUAUUUAAUAAGAUGUCAAAAUAGACAUGAUGUAAGAAAUUUAACAGAAGGAAUUUGCCAUAUCUUUUGAAGGGGCAUGUGAUACUUCUUUAAAAAUCUGAAGAUGUUAAAAGCUUCUUUUUAAAAAAUUAUGAAAUUUAUUUUUGGUUUUAUCAAAUUCAAACUAAUUGUAUUUUUCAGCUUGAUAUUGGUAUUAGAGACACCAUUUAUAUUAAGUGUUGAUUUUUUAAACUGGUGAGGUAAAGCCAUGUGAUGCUUUGUAGAAACAGCAGCUGUUUUCUAUUCAGUACCGCAGUAAACUGUCAGAUAAUUAAGUCUGGUUAUAUUUUAUUUUCAGUGUUUUCAUUAAAUUUUAAUUGUUUCUUAUAGCAGAAGAAAUUCCUUUGGAACUGAUCAACAUAGAAUUUAAGUACCGGUUUGUAAAUGUGUGUAUUUUUGCAUUUCAGCAUGUUCAUAUUUGUUGGCAAAAAUCCUCCACAGUACAAAGGAGCUGUAUUAGCACAAGUAACACUCCUGUCAUGUCUUAAAUGUGCUGAAUAAAUCAUACCAUGUA